UAUCCAGUUUGAAUUGGCCCAGAGAGGAGACCAGUGGUGGAGCUUGCACAAGGAGGUUAAGCUUUAAGGGCUGUAGACCACUAACAGAAUUGGAAGGUAGGAAAGAUCUGGUUCUUAGGGCAGUAAGAAAGAAGUAAAUUUUUUAAAAAGCAAGCUCAUUUUUCUCAUCACAAUGGGUCAGAGAGCAUGGCAAAGACGUGAUCUGAAAGGUAGACAUAAAAAUCUAAAUCACAGAUUUAAGCAGUAAUUGAAUAUGAAAAUGUAUCCCAAAUGACUAGCGGCCCCACCUCCGUCUCCCAUUGUAGAGGAAAGUCAUUUGCUGCACACGGUGAUGGGCCAGGGCACAGAGACCCUCAUCGCAGAGAUGGAGACAGGAAUGCCCAUCAGCCCCAUAAAAGACUUCCUGGCUGGGGGCUUUGGCGGCUUAUGCCUGGUGCUUGUUGGCCACCCGCUGGACACAGUAAAGGUAAAGUUGCAGACCCAGCCCAAGACACUGUCAGGACAACUUCCCCGCUAUUCCGGGUCCUUAGAUUGUUUCCGACAGAUCCUAGUGUCCGAGGGGAUUCCAGGACUGUACCGAGGAAUGGCCGCGCCCCUUGUGAGCGUUGCUCCCAUAUUGGCCACGUGCUUCUUUGGCUUUGGAUUGGGCAAAAAACUGCAACAGAAAAACCCAGAUGAGGUCUUGACUUAUCCUCAGCUGUUUGCAGCUGGAAUGUUAUCUGGUGUGUUCACAGCAGUAAUCAUGGCCCCUGGAGAAAGAAUCAAGUGCCUAUUACAGAUUCAAGCUGCUUCAAAAGAAAGAAAAUACAAUGGGACUUGGGACUGUGUCAGAAAAGUGUAUCAGGAAGCUGGAAUAAGAGGCAUUUACAAAGGGACUGUGCUCACCCUCCUGCGAGAUGUUCCUGCCAAUGGGAUGUACUUCAUGACUUAUGAGUGGCUGAAAGAUAUUUUAACCCCAGAAGGCAAAAGCGUUCAUGAUCUCGGUGCUCUGAGAAUCCUGACUGCUGGAGGGGCAGCGGGAAUCUUCUUCUGGGUGAUGGCUAUCCCUCCCGAUGUACUGAAGUCCCGCUUCCAGACUGCCCCCGCUGGGAAAUACCCUAAUGGGUUCCGAGAUGUACUGAAAGAACUGAUCGCCCAAGAGGGGGUCACGUCCCUGUAUAAAGGUCUUACAGCUGUCAUGAUCCGCGCCUUCCCCGCAAAUGCUGCCUGUUUCCUUGGCUUUGAAGUCGCACUGUCAUUCCUUAAUUGGGCCACCCCUAAUUUGUGAAACUCACCAAUCUUAAUCCCUCCAGACAAUGAGAGAAGGAGUACAAGGACCAAGGCAAGGACCCGACCUAACUCAAUUCAGCAAGAGGCUGCCCAUUGUGGGGAGACACCGGUGAGUCAUGGGAAGAGAAGGAAGAACUAAGAAGAAGGAACUUUAUCUAACGUUUGCCUUAUCCUCAGACUGGUAUGGUCAUUUUGAAAUUUGAAUGCAGCCUUCGUGAUUUAAGUAGAUUUCAUAAGGCUUUGCAGUGGAAGUUAGUAGCUACCUUCAAAACAGAAUCUUUUUGGCACCUGUGCCCUCACUAGGCAGCUCAAAUAAAGCUUCCUCAGUUCUAGAGGGGCCACGUAUCUCAUUAACCAUACCAGAGACACUUUUAAUACCAACUAACCUUCCGUUGAAAGACUGUUCAAGCAGUAUUUGAUGAGCACUUAAUUCUCCCAUAUGUUGAAAUGUGACAAUAGCUGACUGUCUCUUUAUGUGCUGACUUUGGGUGUAUAUUUAAGAGCAUAUUGCUAGUUUAUCAACACUUGAAUUUUAAUUUUAUGUAUCACUAAUUGCAAAGAAGAAUAAAAUAAACUAAUUCAGA